AUGGGCGGGCCCAUCGGUCAGGAGGAGGCCGCCGCCGACGACGAGGACGGCGAGGAGGCGUCGUGCGCUACGUCCUCCGUGCCCUCGGGGGCCAACGUGUUCCUGAACGUGUACGACAUCGUCCCAGCGGUCAACAAGUGCUCCCGGGCACUCUGCCGCUCCAGGUGGGGCAUCUACCACACGGGGGUGGAGGUGCAGGGCCUCGAGUUCUCUUUCGGCGGGCACUCCGACAGCAGCACCGGGGUCUUCUGCGCGAAGCCCAGGAGCGCCCAGGGCUGCGUGUUCAGGCAGCAGCUGCCCAUCGGCCACGUGGAGCUCGACGCUCUGGAGCUGCGGCAGACGAUUGCCGAGAUCUCCAAGGGCUGGCCCGGCAACGGGUACGACCCGUUCCAGAGGAAUUGCAACCACUUCUCGGAGAGCCUCUGCAAGGAGCUUACUGGCCACAAGACGCCCUCCUACAUAAACAGCUUCACGCAGUCGCGCUUCGUGCGAGGGGUCUUCUACAGGUGCCUGGUGCCGCUGGGCAAGUGCCUAGAGAAGUUCUCCUACGAGCAGGGCGGCAUAACUUAUAGCAACAACGAAGAGACUGCCACGGAGAGCACCAGCCUCGGCAUUAGCGGGGCCAACGGCAUCAACGAGGUCCUGGUGGCGGCGGCCACGAUGCAGAAGGAGAAGGCCAACCGCUCCUUCAAGGCCGGAGCCUACCAGGAGGCCCGGGAGGCGCGCGGUGUAGCCAGGGCCCAGCUCGGGAUGCACGAGGAGGCCGUGGCGGACCUCAGGCGGGCGCUGCAGCUCACCGACCCCGCGGACGCGGGGACCGUGCGCGACGUGCGCCGCGAGAUCGACAGAGUCCGGGGCCUGGUCGAGGGCCAGAAGUCCAGGGAGCGCGAGAUGGCAAAGAGCACCUUCGAUCGCGUCAACGUUAGCACCAACACCGAGUUUCAGAUGAACCUGAAGGCGGAGAAGUUCGCGCCCGCUGCGCAUUGUCCGAGAGCCGACGUGCACUGCGGCUCCAGCAUCCUAGGAGACCAUGGGCAGCCGCUGCGUGACGACGCCAGCGCCAACGCCUACGCCUGCGCCGACACCAAUUCCCUCUCGGACCCCAGCGCCGGCGUUCACACAGACACCGCAUCCCCCCGCGCCUACACCAGCGCCCACGCCUAUGCCAGCUCCCACAGCGCGCACCACCCCCACCGCCAGCCGACCGUCGCCGACACGGAUAGCAUGGCCUGGAAAGAGCUGCGCGCCGAGCAGCAGGAGUGCGCCGCCGCCGACGAGUUCAGCCACGAGCCCGACCGCGAAGCGCGUGUGGGCGCGGACAAGUGCACCCACACGGACAGCUUCGACGACCUCAGCGGCACGAUGGACCCGCCGACCACGGCGACGACGCCGCCCUCGGCUUCGCCCAGGACCCAGGGCGCCGUCACCCUGGACGCCUUCGCGGAGGCGGUGUGCGCUGGCACCGCCGAGAUCUACGCACUGGAGCCCAUGGCCCGCGUCGCCGAGGUGAACCAGGCCGUGGAUAUUGCUUUCAGCGCCUUGUGUUUCUUGAGCGUACGUUGCGCGUUGCUUCGCAUCGCGCGCACAGAGGGCUGGGCGGACGACAACUGGUACGGGGCUGUGAUAGGGCUCUCGACCCUCUUCCCGGGCCAGCUUAUCAUGGAGAUUCUUUCGCUGCCGUUCCUGAGCCGCCGAAGCGGCCCCACCAGCACGGCGGACAGCACCGCGACGUUCGCGCAGCUCUUCCGGGGCCAGCUCCGCCGCUGCAGUCGAGAGGAUUACGCGGGCUUACAUGUGGCAGUGGACGCCCAAGCCUUGCUGAGCGUUGGCUUGUCUGCGUACGCCCUGAAGCUGGCGCAGGAUCCGAGCAGCACCGCGCACAUCGCGUACUGCACUCGGCGCGCGCUGCUGCUGCGCGAGUGGGGCGCGGAGUGCGUCUUCGUUCUCGCGGGGGACGACGAGGGCGACCACGGCCAGGAGCGCCGGGAGGAGCAGCGCCGGGAGGGCCUUCGCCGCUUGGGCGCCGGCGACCGCGGCGGAGCGCACAGGUGCUUCGCGCGGGCGCUCAGGGCGACCCCUGAGAUGGCGGCCGCCCUGGCGCGUGAGCUCGAGGAGAUGGGCGUCAGGUGCAUCACGGCGCCCGGCUCCGCGGCUGCGCAGGCGGCCUUCCUGACGGCCAUGGGGCCAUCUGCGGUCACGUCGACGCGUGCCUGUCCCCGACCGGGGAGGCGGCGAUGCUGGGCAGCCCUCGGACGCUCCUGGGGCUGUCGCGCGACGGCGACGGCCAGGAGGUCCGCCUGCAGGAGGCCCUCGGCCAGCACUCGGUGGAGGAGCUCCAGGCCAGCCUCUCUCUCUCCAGACCCGGACCGCCCGGGACGACUCUCGCUUUGA